AUGGCAGAGAUUGCUUUCAUCUCGAGGAUCCUUAUGUUUUGUUCGGUUCUUGUAAUGCUGCUAUGCUCAGUUGGUCUGGUUGUCUGGGGAGCUUUCAUGACAGAUAGUUCAUAUGAUCGUAAACUAAAAGAUGUUGUAUUCAAUUACAAUUCAUCCGAACCAUUAGCUGGUGACAAGUCCAACAUGAGAUCUUGGUAUCAAUGCUGUGGAGUUCGAAGCGGAGGCUGGACAUGUCCUAACAAUACUCCAUGUGAUACAGCUGUAUUUAAUAGUGUGGAUAACGCUAUGAUGAUUGCUGGAAUUAUCAUGAUCCCUCUUCUCCUUCUACAAUUUUUCAUCAUUGGUUUCUCAGCUCUUGUAUUAAGAAUUGAACCUAGAGUUGUGAAAGAGAGAAAAAGAGGAGAAGAAGUGACAAAUACUGACGAAACUUGGUCUUCAUAA